UUAGUACGUAACGCCUUCUGGUUUGCGCAUGUGCCGUUGCCAACAAGUUAUUACCUGUUUUUCUUUUUUCCUUCUUUUUUAAUUGGGUGUGGGAAAGAAUGAAGAAGGUACGUUGGGGUAACACACGAGAAGGACAACGGCAAGGUGCCUUGCUGGGCUAUCUCCGCGGAGAAGAACAGACCAUGGAGACGAACUACAACGUACGGAGGUACGGAUACAUUGUGAAGGACUACGUUGUACGUGUAUUUCGUACAUGCAGGCACGGUUCUCGCUGUUACCUUGGACGUCUGCAGACGUUGGAUAAGGCACCUUACAACGUACUGCACAUGGAUCGACAUUGUCUGGAAAAUGUCUGGUACUUCGCACCUAUGAUUUUCGCUUCGAAACGUCCCCUUUUACUACCUAAUUCAUCGCCUAGGCCAACCUUCGAACCAGAGUCCGAUCGUACAACAUGUACUCGGUACACCCAGGGACGGGACCUCGCAUUUCAUUACCCAGCCAGCUCCCCCCUGGUAAACAUCCCCCUGCAAGACGCCCGGGCUACAUGGGUCGCUUUUCCUGCACGUCAUCUCGAUGGCGUCAAACUGACUGGGGAUUGGGGAUUACACUACACGUACACGUCCAGGGCACCCACAAGGGGGAGCGGCGGCUAUAUACAGCACAAUAAUUACCCUCUGACGGACAAAGACAAAGACACCACCCCUUUGCCAGUCCUUUCUCGUCGCGAACCGGUUCAAGGGGAGACACACAAAUCGAGUCAUUCCUUCAGAUGAUCAGAUUAUCUGAUAGAGGCCUCCCCCCCUUUUCGAUUUUAUUUCUUCUUGCAUCCCGGGACGCGGCAUGCCGUGCGCUGAUCUCACAGUCAGUCCCUUCCAUCUUGAUCGUCUUGAUAUCUCGACUUUAUUGGACCGUUCUGACGGCGGCGGGAGGUCUGGUGUCACGCACACAGCAUAAGCUCGAGGGAUGGUCUUCGUCGUAGUUGGCGAAAAUCCGAACCAAGCCCGUUCUGGUUGU